GUAGCAUUUGUUCUGAGCUGGUUGAUCUCGGGUAUAAAUUAGUUUCAAGUUUGUGUGCUAAGCUCAAGAGUGACUGAGCUUCAGCUCUCCUUCACUUUCUUUCAACGAGCCUCCCAUAUCAGCAGUAGCAUAGAUGGACACCCUGAGAGCUUCUGCUUAUGAAGAAUGGGAUUCUUUGAGCUUAUUUGCAUCCACUGAGGAGCUCAUUGAUUUCACACCAUAUGUUUUGGGCCAGUACCCAUUUUUUCAGGAGCACGAUAGUAAACACAACUUCCAAAUCCCAUCUUUUUCCGUAAAUCCUGAACUCGAUACCGACUUUGCAGGAAUGAGUGGGAGCUCGCAUUAUCCUCUAGUCAUUCCCGACUCAAACCUGCAAACUGUUUCUCAAGAGAGCAGCUCUUUUACUGGCGAGAGCCACGGUUAUGUUGUGUCUACAUGCCAGGGAAUCGGUUCCAAUAACCACACGCUGGUAGCUAAUGAUAUCUCUCCCUACUUUGAUGUUUUCUCCGAUGCUUUCAAGACGGAUGUUAGCAACAGCAACUCCAUUGUGUCGGAGUUGAGUGGCACUCUAAUGGAAGAAGGUGCGUGUUUGAAGGAAAUGCAUAGCGAAAGAAGAGGAAGCUUGGGUCAUAAUCAGCCUGAAGAUGUUAGCGUGCCAAUGAUGCACUUGCAACUCAAAAGGAGGUUUUCUAGAUUAGACAACAUUCAUGCUGGAGCAGGAGAUUCCACUUGCAUUGAUGUGUCAGAGAAUACCAAGAAGAGACCUCGCACUUCAAGAGAUGUAAGUUCUAGUUUUGUUUCUCAAUAUUCUGCUUUCUCAGAUGGAUAUCAGAAUGAAAGUGGAUCUAUUCGGUGUAGAAUUAUUCCUCAUGAACAAUCUUAUUAUAUGCAGCUGAGAAAGAAAAUUAAAGGUCCAAGGAAUGCAAAGAAGCUACUGUCCGAUGACACUGGUGGAGAUGAAAGUGAUGUUAGACCGAAUGGAUCAAGCACUUGCAGUUCAGAGGUUAGCGAUUCUGGAGAGCUCAAUGGAGAACUAACUCCGCCAUUCAAGGCAUCAACAACACUUGCUGAAAAUGGAAACAUAGGGAAGAUCAAAGCUGCUAGGGGUUCAGCGACCGAUCCUCAAAGCCUCUAUGCAAGGGUAAUCAGUUUGUCUUCCUGGAAACAUGUUUCCCAUGCUCAUUCUCUUAAUACAUUCAUAUGAUCAUUUCUCUAAACUUUACCUUCCAAUUUCACAGAAACGUAGAGCAAGGAUUAACGAACGAUUGAGAAUUCUACAAAACCUUGUUCCUAAUGGAAUCAAGGUAGGUAGCAUCCCGGUGAAGUGUUUAGUAGCUUCUACAUAUUUUCAGGACAGAGUUGAAAGAAUUUAUGCAAGCCACACAAAACUUAUGUGCAUUUUGUGGCAGGUGGACAUUAGCACAAUGCUUGAGGAGGCAGUUCAUUAUGUGAAAUUCUUGCAGUUACAGAUUAAGGUGAGAAUAAACAAAAUUUGGAUCACACAAAUAGUUCAGAAAAUACACAUAACAUGAACUUAAUAUGUGUUUUUGUUGUCUUGGUUCAGUUCUUGAGCUCAGAUGAGCUGUGGAUGUACGCUCCUCUCGCUUAUAAUGGAAUGGAUCUCAAUCUGAGCCAGAUUAUUUUUCCUCAACUGUGACCUUGGAGUAAUUUGAGUUUUUCAGUUCUCUUUUCCCAUUUCAAGGGAACUCCAGGAAGCGAAAGGAAUAUAGCGUGACAGUAAUUUCAGAUGGUUUACUGGGUUCAAAUACACUUCCAUAUUUAUACAUUCAG